GGCGCCUACUCCGGCCAAGUGCUCGUUUGGGACAUGCGCGCCCGGACCCUGCCCGUGCAACGAUCGCCUCUCUCCAUGACCGGUAUCCCCUCCCCACCCCUUCUCCCUUUCUCUCUCGCUCCUGUCCCUCACUCGCAUUUAUACCGGCCUAUUAGAAGCGGCCUCUCCUUCUCCCUCUCGAUCCUUCGCCGGAUUCCCUGUGCUGGCCUCCCUCUAUCCUCCCCUCAAUCCCUCCCUCACUUCCUCCCUCAAUUCCUCCUUCCCCCAGGGCACACCUAUCCCGUACAUGCCCUUGCGACCGAGACUGCGGCAGGCGGAAACGCUCACGUCCUGUUGUCGGCCUCCGCGGACGGUCGUGUAUGUCGGUGGGAUUUAAGCCGUUUAUCUGAGCCUCUGGACGUAGCUUCUGUCUCAGACGUCCCGGGCGACGGACCUGUCGUUGGAAAGAGGGAGGAAAGCCAGCCGCAGCAACCGCAGGAUGUCAGCAUCAUGGCCGUGGUGCUCCAGAAGGAUGAGAACUGGCAGGCGCACGGCAGCCUCAUCACCGCGCUCUCUCUUCAUCCGUCCACCCGGACUUCCUCCUUAUCUUCCUCCAAGUUUCGACGUUCCUCUCUCAGCUCCCUUCUCCUCUCUUCUUCUCUUGAUUGCACCAUCAAGCUUUGGUGCGAGCACGGGGAGGGGGGAGGGGAGGGCCGGAAGCGCAUGGGGAAGGAGGAAGGGAAGGAAAGAGAUUUGCACGAGGGCAGGCUCGUGAAUCUUCCCGGGCAUACCCACCGACCGCCCAAACCCUUGGUGUCCUCUUUCACGCACGGCGCGAACGCCUACGACUACGUGAACGAUGUGGCUUGUGACUAA